GAAACCCCGCGCCCGCCUCACACAAUGCGCGCGCGGUUCGCGGCGCGGCCGCUGGCGGCGCUGCAGCGCCCGCCCCGUGGGGGUGCCCGGAUGUGGCCGCGCCGGAAGAGAAGCGCGUCUCCUCAGGGCCCGCCAUCUUGUGCGGCAGCGAGCAGGGCGCGGGGGGCCCGGUAGCAUCCGCGCAGGAUCCCGCCGACGGGGGCCCAUCAUGCCCGGACACCUGCAGGAGGGCUUCGGGUGCGUCGUCACCAACCGCUUCGAUCAGCUCUUCGAUGACGAGUCCGACCCCUUCGAGGUGCUGCGCGCGGCGGAGAGCCGGAGGAAGGAGAGCGGCGGCGGCGGCGGCGGGAGCCAAGCGGGCGGCGGGGCCCGCGGCCCGGCGGGCGCCCAGAGCGGCUCCUCGGGCGGGGCCGGCGGAGCAGGCCAGGCGGGCGGCGGCGCGGGCAGCGCGGCCAAGCAGCUGCGCAGGGAGUCGCAGAAGGAGCGCAAGAACCCGCUGCCGCCCUUCGCCGGCGGGGACCGCCGGGAGGAUGGCGGGGGCCAGCCCGGAGCGCCGCUGCGGAAGGAGGGGAUAAGGAGGAUUGGCAGGAGGCCUGAUCAGCAGCAGCAGCAGCAGCAGCAGGGCGAAGGCAAACCCAUCGACAGGAGACCCGAGCGACGACCUCCCCGCGAGCGCCGCUUCGAGAAACCCGCCGAGGAGAAGGGCGAGGGAGGAGAGUUCUCUGUGGAUAAACCCAUCCUGGAGCGACCCAUGCGUGGACGUGGCGGCCUGGGCCGGGGCCGCGGCCGCGGGCGCGGGAUGGGCCGAGGCGAUGGCUUUGACUCUCGUGGCAAGCGGGAAUUUGACAGACACAGCGGCAGCGAUAGAUCUUCUGUUUCACAUUCACAUUUCAGCGGCCUAAAGCACGAGGACAAGCGCGGUGGCAGCGGAUCGCACAACUGGGGAACCGUCAAAGACGAGCUAACUGAAUUGGAUCAGUCAGCUGUAACCGAGGAAACGCCAGAGGGAGAGGAGCAUCCGCCUGCUGAUUCUGAAAACAAAGAGAAUGAGGUUGAAGAAGUCAAGGAAGAAGGCCCCAAGGAGAUGACCCUGGAUGAGUGGAAAGCCAUUCAAAGCAAGGAUCGUGCAAAAGUCGAGUUCAACAUCCGCAAACCAAACGAGGGAGCUGAUGGGCAGUGGAAAAAGGGAUUUGUGCUCCACAAGUCAAAGAGUGAGGAGACAAAGGCGAUGACAGAAAUGCAGGGGAGUCUGCUGGAUUCAAAUGAGGCUCACGCUGAGGACUCGGUCAUGGAUCACCACUUCCGCAAGCCCGCCAACGACAUCACAUCCCAGCUGGAGAUCAACUUUGGAGACCUGGGCCGCCCCGGGCGCGGCGGCAGAGGGGGCCGGGGGGGCCGGGGCCGCGGGGGCAGGGCCAGCCGUGGAGGCAGGACUGACAAGUUGGUCAAGGAGUUUGAUGUGAUCCACACGCCCAACCAGUCAAGUGCUUCUGCUCCUGACGUAGAUGACCCAGAGGCUUUCCCAGCUCUGUCCUAAACUGGAUGUCAUAAAGCCAACCCUGCCCUGGUCGGGCCUUCCUCUCCGAGGCUUGCAUGCUUAAGGAUCCUAAAACAACUAAGAAAUUGAAAAAAAAAACAAAACAAAAAAAAAAAAAAAAAAAAGAGACUGUCAUUCAUACCAUUCACACCUAAAGACUGAAUUUUAUCUGUUUUGAAAAUGAACUUCUCUCGCUACACAGAAGCAACAAUAUGGUAGUCAAGUUUUGUAUUUAGAAAUGUAAUGGUAGCAGGGUGUUUUCAUAAUUUUUUCAGAGAUUAUGCAUUCUUCAUGGAUACUUUUUUGUAUUGCUGCUUGAAAAUAUGCGUUUCCAAACUUGAAAUAUAGGUGUGAACAGUGUGUACCAGUUAAAA